GCUGCGCGCUGCUGAGUGCCAACAUGGCGGCCGGGAGGCAGACAAAGACGGGUCGGGUUCCGAUGUGAGUCCGGGAGGCGGGUGGGGGAAAGUCAGCGUGUCGGGCAUCGAGGGUUGGUAUUGGCAACUCCAUUGGGAUAUAUACUCGUUCUGCCCGCCGGCCGUGGGCUCGGGAACCGGACUCAUGGUGUCUGGGAGAGAGUGAGCGCUGCUCGGUACUCAGAUCUCACUGAGCAUAAAGGCAGAUAGGGAGGAACCCGUUACUGAUAUAUCCCACCCAGGACAAGAACCCAAGGUUCCCCGGCAUGGUGACCCGCAGCCUGUGGCCUCUCAAACAAGUGAUAUGCGUCCUGCAGCAGACAGCAGUGCUGUGAGCCUGACAGAAACCAUGUCACAUUACACAGAUGAACCUCGAUUUACAAUAGAGCAAAUAGACCUCUUACAGCGGCUGCGGCGCACGGGAAUGACCAAGAAUGCGAUUCUCCACGCGUUGGAAACGUUAGAGCGGCUCGACCAAGAGCACAGUGAUAAAUUCGGCAGGAGGUCCACCUACGGGGCUAGUUCCUACAGCACCAACAAUGUUCCAGCCUCUUCCUCUACAGCCACCGCUUCCACCCAGACCCUUCAUGGUGGGAUGUCUCCCUCCCCAAGCAACAGCUGCGACACCUCCCCACAACCUUGCACUACCAAUCAGAACGGGAGGGAAAGCAGCGAGAGAGUUGCCACGUCCAAUGGCAAGUUGUCCCCAACGCGGUAUCAUGCAAAUAGCAUCGGCCCAAGGUCGUACAGCUUCGAAGCCUCCGAGGAAGAUCUGGAUGUGGAUGACAAAGUUGAAGAACUUAUGAGGAGGGAUAGCAGUGUCAUCAAAGAAGAAAUCAAGGCAUUUCUUGCCAACAGAAGAAUAUCCCAAGCCGUGGUUGCACAAGUGACUGGUAUCAGUCAGAGCAGGAUCUCUCACUGGCUGCUGCAGCAAGGCUCCGACCUGAGUGAGCAGAAGAAAAGGGCGUUUUACCGAUGGUACCAGCUGGAGAAAACUAACCCUGGUGCAACACUAAGCAUGCGACCUGCCCCUAUCCCCAUAGACACAGACGCAGAAUGGAGACAGACCCCACCUCCCGUCACCGCUACUUCUGGUACCUUUAGGUUACGGAGGGGAAGUCGCUUUACCUGGAGGAAGGAGUGCUUGGCUGUGAUGGAAAGCUAUUUUAAUGAGAACCAGUACCCGGACGAGGCCAAGCGAGAGGAGAUUGCAAACGCCUGCAACGCUGUUAUACAGAAACCAGGCAAGAAACUGUCGGAUCUGGAGCGGGUCACCUCCCUGAAAGUGUACAACUGGUUCGCUAAUAGGAGGAAGGAGAUAAAAAGACGAGCCAACAUUGCAAUCCUGGAGAGCCAUGGGAUCGACGUACAGAGUCCCGGGGGUCAUUCAAACAGCGACGACGUGGAUGGAAAUGAUUAUUCGGAACAGGACGACAGUACGAGCCAUAGCGACCAUCAAGACCCAAUCUCAUUAGCGGUGGAAAUGGCAGCCGUCAAUCACACCAUCUUGGCACUGGCCCGGCAAGGCACCGGCGAGAUCAAGACAGAGGCUCUGGACGACGACUGAUCGAAACCAUUCGCCUACGGGAAGGGUCAAACACGAAAAUACUUAGACUUAGACGUAGCACCUUAGCAAUCUUUCCUCAGUCCUUAAUAUGUGUUUCUCUUACAGUAGAACUGCAGUCUCUUGUUCUUCCAGUUAUCUGGUAGGGUCGUGUUCUGUGCAGGUGCCACAGCCUCUGUGUUUGCUCUCUCAGUAUUAAUCCCAACAAUAACCCCCUGUCCCAGGUCCCACACACACGUCCUAUUAACUAGACUGCUCCAUCUCGGCAUUCCAAUUUAAAAGUGCUUCCAGCCUUAAAGGAGAACUAAAGCCUAACUAAAGAAGUAGCUAGAAAUGUUGUACAUUGUUUGGGGUUUCUGCACCAGCCCAAGGCAACCACAACCCUUUAGCAGUAAAGAUCUGUGUCUCCAAAGAUGCCCCAGUAGCUCCCCAUCUUCUUUUCUGCUGAUUCACUGCACAUGCUCUGUGCUGCUGUCACUUACUGAGCUUAGGGACCCACUCACAAUAUACAGUACACAUAGAAUAGAAAUGUCACAAUAUAAGGCUGAUUAGUAAUUAAUACACAUAAUUACUACAUGGCAGCACAGAAACCAGUGCAAUUAGCAUCAGAAUUUAAUAAUCAGCAAACCUGUAGCAUCAGCUUAUAUUACAGCCAGGGGAAGCUCAUUUUCUGCUGGAUAAUUAGUGACGAGCCCUAAGCUUAGCUUCUCAACAGCCAAUCAGAGCCCACUGAGCAUGUGAGUGUCACAGACACUUUCCAAGAUGGUGACCCCCUGUGACAAGUUUGAAGUCCUGGAUCAUUGCUGCUAUUGACAAGCUCAAACUUUAGCCUCGUGCAAUAAGUUCACUAUAUAAAAUAGGCCAUUUUUAGCCAUUUAAUUUUUAGGGUUUAGUUCUCCUUUAAUGAUAUCUAUACAUACUCUGGCUUCUUUUUCUGUCCACACACACACUUGCCUCAGUCAGAUUAUAUAAUGUUUCCAUGGCAUGUACCACUAUCAGUACUGUUUGCUUUCAAACCCAAUCUCCUCCCACUCUAAUGGCAGACUACCCAGAAUCCUCAGCCUUCCCAAUGAUCUAGAGUCUUGGCAGCCAGCGCUUGGUAUGUUGUAUCUUCUUAUUAGUUGCUUAUUAUGUUAUGUUAAUUGGAAAUGCUUGGUAGUGUUAUUUCAGUUUUUGGUAUUCUCUGCUGUAUUAUUAGGAUAUAAGUGUUUAGAGCAGAGGGAUAAAGUCCCCCUAUUAGAGCAGUGGUGCAUGGGGAGAUGUCUGACAAGCGCCAUAUUGGUGUCAUUGGGGCAAUGGAGGAUCAAUUGUGAUCCUUUGAUCGAGUAAAAAAAAA